AUGCCGGCGGUGGUGGCCAGUCCGGACCGGUUCUCCUGUGGGGUGGCCUCCAACAAGUACGCCUGUGACUCGGGUCGCAAGUUCUGCUUUGGCGAGGAUAAGCUCUGCGACUACAAUGAUGACUGCGGCGGGGAUGAGUCUGCGAAGUACUGCGAUGCGAACACUCGCGCCCCUCUUCGCUGCGACUUUGAGUCGGGCACCUGUAACUGGUUGAUUCGACCACACCUCAACACGCAGAAGAACAAGUCAUCGCCCACACUGGGAGCGCUGAACGGCCUGCGCUGGGGAGCAGUGGACGACCUCGAUGACUACGCCUACGGAAUCAAGCGCGACCACACGCUCAACAAUGAGUUUGGCCACGUGCUGUGCCUGUGGAACCAGCAGAAGGCGGUGGGACGAGUGGAGAGUCCGCUGAUGGUGGCCGACCACACCAAGGGCUUCUGCACACUGCGCCUCUACUUCACCUACCAGAGUAAGGCGCUGGUGAUGGGCGCCAACACCGGCUCGCAGAUUGGCACACUCAACGUGUACAUCAAGUUCAGCGAGGAGGGGGCGCUCUUCCGGUACGCCCAAGUGGCAGACGUGCGCAGUCACACCUUUGAGCGACUGGAGGUGCCGCUGAUUGACACGCCUGCCACGCCCUUCUACGUGGUCGUCGAAGUGGUGCCCGGUAAGGACACCUACGGCAUCUGGGGCCUCGAUGACUUCAGCUUCACCUCGGCCUGUACGCCCGCCGAUCCGAAGACGGCGGUCACCGUUCCCAACUACACGCCCUACCCGGUCACCACGCAGAAGCCCGGCUACUGUCCGGGCGAUCAGUUCAACUGUGACACUGCGUUGUGCAUUCCCCGAAAUGAAGUCUGCGAUUUCUACCGAGAUUGCGAUGACGGGGCAGAUGAAAGCCAGUGCGGCGAGAGCAGCUUCCUCAGUGGGUGGCGUGACAGCAGCGAGGGCCGACUGUCGUGGGCCAUCGGCGUAGACGGCGUCGUCCGCUCUGAGCUGCGCGACGGCGUCAGCUCCACCGCCUACCUCAACUCAGUUGCCUUUGGCCACUCCGGGGGCGGGUGCACCUUCUCCUUCAGCUACUACGUCGCCUCGGCGGCCGAGUCGCUGGAGCUGUCCCUGCUGGAGGUGGACCGGCGCAACCGGACGCUGCUCAGUCGCCUCUUUGCCUCCAGCCGCUCCGGGUCGAUGCACUACGGCCACUGGAGUGGCGCCCGCAUCUUCAUUGGCGAGCACCAGAUGGGCUGGCGGCUGCAGUUUGCCGGCGCAAAGGAUGCACAGAACAACGUCAGCGAGACGGUGAAGAUUCGCGACCCUGCACUCAUCAACUGCGCCCUGGCGCCCUACAACUUCACCAACUGCGAGAAGAAGGGCUACUUUACCUGUGUCAGCACGAAGGUGUGCAUUCCGCCCAGUCAGCUCUGUGAUUACCAGGACAAUUGUGGUGAUAACAGCGAUGAGCUGAACUGCGACAAGAUUGACAGCUUCCGCUGCAGCUUUGAGGGCGGCAAGAAGACCUCUGGCACGUGCGACCUUGAUCUGUCGGACAAAAAGUGGAAGCGCUUUGCCGGCUACGAAACGCGCGGCUUCAUCGGCCCGCUCAUCGACCACACCACCGACGACCAGCUGGGCCACUUUAUGAUGCUCACCGGGGCGGCCUUCAGUCAGGUGACCGUGGACGCCAGCUCUGCCUUCAGCAGUCCGCUCUUUGACCCGGACAGCAGCGGCAACUGCCACCUCNUGGGCCACUUUAUGAUGCUCACCGGGGCGGCCUUCAGUCAGGUGACCGUGGACGCCAGCUCUGCCUUCAGCAGUCCGCUCUUUGACCCGGACAGCAGCGGCAACUGCCACCUCCGCUUCUGGUACAUGAUGAACGGCGUGGGCACGCUCAGCGUUGAGAAGAAGGUCCAGGGAACGACCGACCUGAAGCUGCUCAGCUCCAUCGACACCAGUCCGAAUGACACGUACGUGUGGAAGCGGUUCUCGAUGCCGCUGCUCAACAGGCUGCCCUAUCAGAUUGUCUUUAGUGGGAAAAUUAANCGCUUCUGGUACAUGAUGAACGGCGUGGGCACGCUCAGCGUUGAGAAGAAGGUACAGGGAACGACCGACCUGAAGCUGCUCAGCUCCAUUGACACCAGUCCGAAUGACACGUACGUGUGGAAGCGGUUCUCGAUGCCGCUGCUCAACAGGCUGCCCUAUCAGAUUGUCUUUAGUGGGAAAAUUAACACCAUCACCACGAAAACCUUCAUCAGCAUUGACGAUAUAUCGUUCACUUCCGCCUGUAAGCUGCACGGCGCCCAUCCGCACCACCACCACGGCAAUGGCACCACUCCGAAGCCCGGCAAGGGCUGCCUACUACAAAGUCAGUUCGUCUGCAAUGACAACACCUGCAUUGACGACGAUGAGGUGUGCGACUUCUAUAAAAACUGCAAAACGGGUGAAGAUGAAGCUGACUGUCCGGCGACCUGCGACUUUGACCAUAACAUCUCCGAGGAUUCGCUGUGCCUGUGGAGCACCAGCACCAAUGACCGGAUUCCAGUGCACAUCGGCGUGAGCAGCGAGACGGCGGUGACGGCGGCCUCGAAGGCGCUAUUCUACCCAAAGACCGACAACACGCUCAAGACGGCGCAGGGAAAGUUUAUGCUUAUCUACGGGCUCAACAAGAGCGAGACCGUGGACAAGGGGGUGGAUCUGAACAUCUACUCGCCGCA